ACUAUAGUAUUAUUGUGGGGUCCAUUAUUUUAGGGUUUUCUUAUUGCAGAUUUCUAUUUUACUUUUUCAUUCUUUUCCGAUCUACAGAUCUUCCAACCCUAUCUAUACGUCAAUUAUUUAUAUUCUUUCUCACGAAAUCAAAGUCUCCGGAGACGCGGGUGCGUAAUUCAGUAUGCAGGCAUCGAAGGCAAGGCUGUUCAAGGAGUACCAUGAGGUGCAGCGAGAAAAGAUUGCUGAUCCUGAUAUUCAACUAGUCUGUGAUGAAUCUAACAUUUUUAAAUGGACGGCUUUUGUCAAGGGUCCCUCUGAGACUCCUUACGAGGGAGGGGUGUUCCAGCUUUCCUUUUCUGUUUCGGAUCAGUAUCCUCUACAGCCUCCUCAAGUCCGGUUUUUGACAAAGAUAUUUCAUCCAAAUGUUCACUUUAAGACUGGGGAGAUUUGUCUGGAUAUCUUGAAAAAUGCUUGGAGCCCAGCUUGGACCCUUCAAUCUGUCUGUAGGGCUAUAAUUGCUUUGAUGGCCCAUCCAGAACCUGACAGCCCACUGAAUUGUGAUUCAGGCAAUCUUCUGCGUUCAGGCGAUGUUAGAGGCUACCAAUCCAUGGCAAGAAUGUACACAAGACUUGCAGCAAUGCCAAAGAAAGGCUGAAUGAUUUUGGAUAACUUGUUUAACAAGUUAACAAUAGAUACAGCAGCUAUUUGGUAUAAUAUUCAUUUGUUUGAAAUGUAUACAUUUUAAGACAUGAUAUUGAUUAUGUUGAUGUGUGUUAAAGUAAUAGUAGUGACUUGUACAGAUUGUAUCCGUGACUCCUUAUAUGUGGAUUCAUGCCGGAAUUGAGCUCAAAUAUAUUCCAAUAAUACCUUAAUUACUUUAGUUUUAAA